AUGGAACAAUUGGGCAUCCCAAACAAAAAGAUGAAGCAAGUCGUCCAAGAGGACGAAGAACAGGAAGAGCAUGAAGAGGAAGACAAUGAACCGGGCUACACGGAACCCACUCAGAGGGAGAGGAGAACUGAGGAAAGACAUGAAGGAAUGUCAACUGAUGACCGUAUCCUAGCGCAACUCGUAAGGCAAAACCGGAUCAUGGAGGAGAGAUUCGCAUCAUUGAAUGUCAUAGUAGGCUCAUUGGACCGAAGGGUGUCUGUAAUCGAGACCAUACUGGGUGUACGCGGAGCCUUAAGUUCGGGAACUGGGAACCAAGUAUUUAAGGAAGGGAAAAUGAAAGAGGAAGUUGCCAAUUCUGAAAUUCUGAAUCCAUACGCAAGAUUCCUACAUUAUUGCUUUAAUAUUGAUUAUAUUAUUUGUGAUCUAAAUCUGUACUACAAAUCAGUACCUGUGACAGCUGAAGUGCUACACCAAAGAAUAGAGCACACUAAAGCUCUUCCCCAGCUAGUCGGUGACAACUACGCAUAUUGGAAGGUGCGCACAUGCACCCAUCUCAAAGCACAAGGUGAAGCCGUAUGGUGUAUCAUUGUAACAAGCUGGGUACACCCAACUAAAUCCAGUACCAGUGACGAUGCAACUCAAGUGACGAAACCUGAGAAUGAAUGGACCCAAGCUGAGAAAACAAGUGCUGGAUACAACGAUAAGGCACUAGAUAUUAUUUAUGGGCUAAUUCAUGAAAGUCAGUUCCCUAUUAUUGCAGGCCAUGAUUCAGCUAAAGGCGCAUGGGAAGCACUAGAGGCUACCUAUGAAGGUACAUCAUCGGUAAAACAGUCGAAACUGCAACUGGUACAGUCUGACUUCGAGGAGCUCCGGAUGAAUGAAGAUGAAACCAUCGUGACCUUCCACACUCGUGUGCAAGAGCUAGAAAAUCGAGCUAUGGUCCUCGGAGAACCGUUCACUCAAGAACAGUUUGUGAAAAAAAUUCUACGAUCACUACCACCUCGGUUUCGGAUGAAAGUUACAGCAAUCCAGGAACAUGACAACUGGGAGAAAGAGACUGUAACACAACUAAUGGGGAAUCUAAGAACUUAUGAGAUGGAAAUCUUAACAGAUCACACAAAAAAACCAAAAACAGUAGCUUUUACUGCUGAAGAAAAUAAUUGUACACCUGAUUUAUAUGAAAUAGGUGAUGAUCCAGUUGUAUUCCUAACUAAACAGUUUUCUAAACUUCUGAAACAGGUGUCAAAAGGUUCACGCAACAAGAACAUGCAAAAGGGAGCGUCAUCAUCCAAAACAACUUCGAAAUCAGGAUCAUCAACCUACAAGCCUCCUGGUUCACGUCCAAGUCAGUCCAAAGAAAAGCCAAACAGUAAAGGGAUCAGAUGCUAUGAAUGUGAGGGCUUCGGACAUGUUCAAGCAGAAUGCCCCACCUACCUUCGACGCAAGAAGUCUAUGUCAGCAGUCACUUGGAGUGAUGAUGACUCAGACGGUGAAACAGGAGGAUCUGAUCCAGACGAAAUUUCUGGUAAUUUCGUUGCUUUUACUGCACAUACGACUACUGGACCAUGUCACGAAGAGGUUGCUGACUCGGAGGGAGGUGAGUAUAAUUCUGCAGAAGAUUUAGAGUCAAGUGAAUCAUCAUUUGAAAUUGAGUUUAAUAAAUUGUAUCCCAAAUGGGCAGCACUAAGGAAAGAAAAUCGUAGAUUAACUAGUGAAAUAGGGAUUGUAACAACUGCAAAGAAAGUGUAUCAAACUCAAGUCGUUGAUAGGGAUCUGCUUCUUAAAGAGGCAUUAGCCCGAGAAGAAAAACUGAAACAAGAAGUACAGACUCUGAAGCAGGAGCUGAGCACCUACAAACGCCAAAUUCAAAUGAUGGAUACCACGUCUACACUUGACGAGAUUCUUGAGUCUGGAAGGAAGACUUCUACAAAGUUUGGUCUUGGUUUCACAGGAAACAGCUCAAAGGAUAAAACAGUGUUUAUUAAAGCGUCAGGCCCUGGUCAAGGAGAUAUCCCAGAAUCUAGCACGGCGACACGACAAGUUGGUACAGUAAGAUUACUCAAGCCAUAUUAUAAAUCCUAUAACCCGGUAUGCCAUUAUUGCAGGAUCAACGUAGAUGAAACCGAGCUUUGGCACCAAAAGCUAGGACAUCUAAGUUACAGACUUCUUGACAAACUUGUGAAGAUUGAAGGUGUUCGUGGAUUACCCAAACUAAAAGUCAAACCAACCAUAUGUGGUGCAUGUCAAGCAGGGAAGCAAACCAAAUCCUCUCAUCCAGCUCAGCACACCAUAAACACAAGUUACUGCCUGGAGCUGAUCCACAUGGAUCUCAUUGGUCCAACUCAAACAGAAAGUGUUGGAGGAAUCACACAUGAAUACUCAGCACCGAAAACACCUCAACAAAACGGAGUUGUUGAACGCAAGAACCGCACAAUUCAAGAAAUGGGACGAGUUCUGCUCAAUGCCAAAGGACUACCUCAAAAAUUUUGGGCAGAAGCUGUGAACACUGCAUAUCACAUCAUCAAUCGGGAUCGAAACCGUGUCGCAAAGUUUGAAACAAAAAGCGAUGAAGGCAUCUUCCUCGGCUAUGCAACGAACAGCAGGGCAUAUCGUGUUUACAACAAAGUUACCAAAACCAUUAUGGAGUCCACAAAUGUUGUAAUCGAUGAUCAACCGAGUGAUAUUAUCACAACGACUCAGCCUGGACCAGUGACAGAACCUGACACAAGUUGUCCUGAACCUAAUCCAGAGUCUCCUAUGCCAUCUCCCACGUCAACUCAACCUGAUCAAGAAACUGAGUCUGAGUCAGAAUCUGACACUGAUCAUAGUGAUAUUGAUAUCCCUACUCGCAUCCAGAAAGCUCAUCCAAUACAAAACGUAAUUGGAGAUCCUAGUUCUGGCGUAAAAACCAGAGGUAAACCGAAACGUGAUUACCUUCAAUUAGCAGGAUACUCUUGUUAUACUUCGCAGAUCGAACCGAAGAAUGUCAAAGAAGCCCUAACAGACGAACACUGGAUCAAGGCCAUGCAAGAAGAACUGGGGCAGUACCAAAUGGAUCUUUGCAACAAAACCGAUGCUGCUGGCAACAUAGCUAGAAAUAAAGCGCGGCUUGUGACUCAAGGCUACUCCCAAAUCGAAGGAAUCGACUACGAUGAAACAUUUGCCCCUGUUGCACGGCUAGAGUCAAUACGACUCCUUCUAUCGAUUGCCUGUGCCCUAAAAUUCAAGUUGUUUCAGAUGGACGUUAAAACAGCCUUCUUAAACGGUUACCUCUCAGAAGAUAUAUACGUUGCUCAACCUAAAGGGUUUGAAGAUCCACAUCAUCCAGAUUAUGUCUACAAAUUACAAAAAGCUCUCUAUGGCUUAAAACAGGCCCCAAAAGCCUGGUAUGAGAGACUCACUCAAUACCUUCUUCAGAACAACUACAAAAGAGGAGGAUCAGACAAAACAUUAUUUAUAAAGCGGUCAGGUAAACACAUAACAAUUGCUCAAGUGUAUGUAGAUGAUAUCGUUUUUGGAUCCACACAACCAGGAGAGACAGACCAGCUAGUCAAGGUAAUGCAACAGGAGUUUGAAAUGAGCAUGAUAGGCGAACUCACCUAUUUUCUUGGAUUACAAGUAAGUCAAACUAAAGAAGGGAUUUUUAUUUCACAAGAAAAAUACGCGAAAAAUCUUCUAUCAAAGUUUGGGCUUGAAUCUGCAAAAGAUGCUCGUACGCCUAUCUCCACGACUACUAAAUUGUUCAAAGAUGAAAAAGGAACGUCUGUAGACCCGACUAUGUACAGGAGUAUGAUAGGCAGUCUAUUAUACUUAACCGCCAGUCGUCCUGAUAUUAUGGUAAGUGUUGGUAUGUGUGCACGCUAUCAAGCCGAUCCAAAAGAGUCACACCUAAAGGCAGUAAAACGUAUUAUAAAAUACGUUAAAGGUACGAUAAAUUAUGGUAUUUGGUACUCGAGCGAUACUAAUCUGAAUCUUGCAGGAUAUAGUGAUGCUGACUGGGCAGGAAAUGCUGACGACAGAAAAAGUACAUCAGGCGGAUGUUUCUUUAUCGGAAAAAAUUUAGUCGCCUGGCUAAGUAAAAAGCAAAACUCGAUUUCACUUAGCACAGCUGAAGCUGAGUAUAUAGCGGCGGGUAGUUGUUGUACACAAUUACUCUGGAUGCGCCAGAUGUUAAUAGACUACGGUAUAGAACAACAAAGUAUGACAUUGUUCUGUGACAACACCAGCGCAAUCAACAUUUCUAAAAAUCCAGUUCAACACUCCAGGACGAAACACAUAGAUAUUCGACACCACUUUAUUCGUGAACUAGUCGAGGAAAAAGAAAUUAUAAUGGAGUAUACCUCAACAGAUAAAAAUCUUGCAGACCUAUUUACCAAGCCUUUAGACAAAUCGAGAUUUGAACUGCUUAGAGCUGCCCUUGGAGUGUGCAAUCCCACAGCUUAA